AUGACAAACUCGCCGUUUGCCCUCGGCAAUGAGAAGAGCGCGGCCUGGCUGUAUGCGGGCCUGGCGUUCUGCAUGCUCAUCGAUCUUGGUCACCACGUCGACCUCACCGAGCUCGAGCACUGGCAGCCCUUUGGCUACUCAUCGUCCACGACGCACUACCCUGGGUCGCCGGCCUACAGCAACUCGACGUUUGCCGGUCUGUGUAGGAUCUCCUUGAUCAUGAGCGAGAUCCUCAACAGCAUCUACAUGGAGCGGAGCUCGGAUCAGACGCCCAGGGAACUUUCGACCAUGCUCGAGGUACUACAGCUCCGACUCGACAACUGGCGGCGAGAGUUACCAUCGCAUCUGCAGCUCGACCCGGGACGACAGUCGCAAGGAUGGAGUAUCCCCCGCCCCACUGCCAUGUUUGACGUGCUCAUCAUCCUGCUGCAUCGACCCUUUGUAGCCGACGGCCACCUGUACAGCACGUCCCGCUCCAUCUCCGUCGACUCCUUCAUGAAGUGCGCGUCCGCCGCCUCGACCAUUUGCAGCCUCGUCCGGGCCUACCACCAGGCCUUCUCGACACGGAGGGCGCCCUACCUCAUCUCCUACGCUACCUACGUCGCCGCGACAAUCCACUCACGCAUUUCCGCCCGCCGAGGGAACAACUCGUCCGCGCACGCGAACCUGGCGACGUGCCUCGACGUCUUUGAGCAGAACUAA